UUUAUUUCUUCAAUCUGAAGUUCACAACUUCUCCAAAUCUCAACCAUUUUUCGAGUUUACAAAAGUAAGCUCUCUUCAACCUUUUGACUUCAACGAUCUACGCUUCUAAAUCUUCUUCCUCAAAUCACAUUGCAAACAACACAAUUUCAAUCUCUCACUUAUUACAUCCAAAACCCACUUCCUUAAUUUCACUAAUUCCAACUAAUGGAUAGCAAUUAUUCGGCUAUUACAAAGGAUUCUUUUGUUGAAUUACAAGUUAAAGAUGAUAACUUUAGGGAUAACGAGCAAUUGAAACCAAGGGUUAAUGAUGAUCUUGAAGCUGAUGAUAUAGAUUUGGAUAAUUUACCUCUAAUUUUUGGUGAAGAUAAAUCUGGGUCUGGUGUAUAUGGUGCAGUUUUUAAUUUAACAACCACUAUUAUUGGUGCUGGUAUUAUGGCUUUACCUGCUACAAUGAAAGUUUUGGGUUUAGUUGUUGGGGUUGUUUUAAUAUUCUUGAUGGGUGUUUUGUCUGAGAUUAGUGUUGAAUUGCUUGUUCGAUUUUCGGUUCAAUGUAAGGCUUCUUCUUAUGGGGAGGUUGUUCAAGCUGCAUUGGGUAAAACAGCUAAGAUCUUGUCUGAGAUUUGUAUUAUUGUGAACAAUGCUGGCGUUUUGGUUGUAUACUUGAUUAUAAUUGGGGAUGUUUUGUCUGGCUCGAUUCGUCAUACUGGAGUUUUCGAUCAAUGGUUAGGUCAUGGAAUGUGGGAUCAUAGGAAGUUAGUGAUUUUGAUCAUAUUGGUGAUUUUUCUUGCACCCCUUUGUGCAAUGGAUAAGAUCGAUUCGUUGAGUAUGUCUUCGGCUGCUUCUGUAGCUCUUGCGGUUGUGUUUGUUGUAGUUGCUUUUACUAUAGCAUUUAUUAAGCUUGUCGAGGGGAAAAUUGAAGCUCCAAGGUUGACACCAGAUUUUGGGUCUAAAAAGGCAAUACUAGACCUGCUUGUAGUGAUCCCCAUAAUGUCAAAUGCAUAUGUUUGUCACUUCAAUGUUCAGCCCAUUUAUAAUGAGCUUGAAGGCCGAUCCCCUCAGAAGAUGAACCGUGUGAGCAGAAUUACUUCUGGUAUUUGUGUGUUGGUGUAUGCUUCUACGGCUAUAGCUGGCUAUUUACUUUUUGGAAAGGAUACUGAAUCUGAUAUACUCACCAAUUUCGACAAGGACCUUGGAAUUCGUUUCAGCACAGCAUUGAAUUACAUUGUUCGUGUUGGCUAUGUGUUCCAUCUGGUUCUUGUUUUCCCUGUUAUCCAUUUCUCCUUGAGGCAGACGGUGGAUGCUUUGUUGUUUGAAGGAUCUGCACCACUCACGGAAAGUAGGAAGAGGUGUCUGGCUUUGACUGCCGUUCUCCUGGCACUUUUAUAUUUAGGGUCGACUAUGAUUCCUAACAUCUGGACUGCUUUCAAAUUUACAGGGGCCACAACUGCUGUCUCAUUAGGCUAUACGUUUCCAUCUCUCAUUGCUCUAAGGCUGAGCAAAGAAGGAGGAAGCGGUUUGAGUGUGAGAGAAAGGAUUUUGUCUUGGUUCAUGUUGAUAUUGGCCAUUAUAGUUAGCAUUGUUGGAGUGAGUGGCAAUAUUUAUAGUCUCAGUAGCAAGGGUGAUUGAGGUUUGUUCUUUUUCAUACAGUGGAAAGACCUGUUGCAUUAUUGACAUAAAGUCAUGUGAUAUAGUUCCACUUAAAAAUCAUUCUAGCUUUACCAGUCCAUGUAGAAUAGCAAGAGAUUGCCAUAGAUGUUGAAGAUUGAUAGAAUAGCGAUCGCGGAUUCAUGGAGAAUUUUAGUUAUUGAGAGUUAUUACGGCAGCUGGUAAAGUCUAAAUUCUUUUUAUUAUAUUUGUAAUUGUUAAAGGUGGCAACCUAUAUCUUCAUAUCUUUACCCCUGCCAUACAGGGGUCCGUAUACCAUGUACCAACAAACUGAUCUUAUGAAUACAAUAAUUGAAUGUCGUUCUUAUAA